GGAUAUGAGCUGUAUUGCCCUGCACGCCCUGUUACUUAAUUGCUGUCAUUUGUACAAAGGAUUAUGUGUAUUAGGUCCCCGCGCUGUAAUAAUAAUGGAGUAACGGCACAAAAUGUGAGAUACUGGGUACAAAAUGUGUGUGAUACUCAUGUGAAGUCGCUGAAAUCUAAUUAUUUUGAAGUAAAGGGAAACUGCGGUGUUAUAAUGUCAUAACUGGGUGAAGAACACAGUGACAGCACACCAAGGAGAGGAAACUUUGACAAGGACAACCAGCUCGCCAGGAAGAAAUUGUGGACCACUUUUAUUGACCUGAAUUAUCCUUACUCAAAACAAACAGUGUCCAUGUGCGGAUUAUGAUACUUUAUCAAAUUGGAGCCAAGAUUUGAUGAAAUGUGAAUGGAGAGAUGUGUAUGUCUGUGGAAUUUGGAUUGUUAAGAUAAUCUGUGGAAAACUUUGUCAGACUGUUGAAGGUUUUAUCCUGGAAUUAGUGUCUAGUGGACUGAAACUAACAGUAUUGUAAAGCUAGAGUUUUUUUUUCUGAAAAAUAUAAUAAUAAUAAUAAUAAGCCAGGAUGCCAAGAGGAAGUUUUCUCUGGCGCUGCACUUUCUCAGAAGAGGAUUUUACAUUUUACACGCCACUGUUGAUAGAUAUCAGACAGCAAUUAAAUGAACAGUUAAAAUGCCUGGACUUGAGGCUGGAGAACCAAAUGGCCAUGGUGGCCGAGAUACAGGAUUUUUUCAAGAAGAGGGCGGAGGUGGAGCAGGAAUACUCCCGAAAUCUGGACCGCCUGGUGAAACAAGUGAUGGUACGCCACAAGGCUGACAAACAGAGGCGAGAGUCAUGGCACCUGUAUUCCACAUACACAUGCUGGCAGCAUCUCCUGGCUAUGACGAAGAAGCAGAGCAAAGACCACGGGACAGUGGGGGAUAUAUACGGGAAUAUCAUGGUACAGAGGCUGUCAGAGGUCAUGGAGGAUGCACAGAGGAUGUAUAAAGCUUACAGAGAUAUUGGAGUUGACAGUCACGAAGAAAUCCUUAGUAUGCUGAACAAACUACAAACUGCAAUGAAAACCUACCACAUUUACUACAAUGAAAGUAAACAGGCGGAGAACAAACUGAAGACAGCAGAGAGUCAAAAAGUGAAGGUUGAACAGCAUGCUGGGAAGAGUGGGCUCCCCAGUAGGAAGUACAGGUCCAUAGAAAAACAGGCGGAAAAGAGGCAAAAUAAGUAUCAAGAAAACAAGCUGAAGGCACUAAAGUCCAGAAAUGAAUACCUUCUCACCAUAGACGCUGCUAAUGCAGCUUUACACAAAUAUUCUGUGGAUGACCUGUCAGAUUUAUUAGAUGGCAUGGAUUACGGCUAUCACGCUGCAAUGGCGAGGCUCAUGAUGACAACUCUGUCGGUUGAAGAAAAUGUGAAAAACUCGCACAAGUUUGCCAUAGAUCUGCUCAAUAAGGGUAUCACCGAUGUGGGAGAUGCCAGACUGGACAAGAAAAAAUUUCUGGAGAGCAAUAGCACGAUAUUUGCUCUACCGAAGAAAUUUGAGUUUCAGGCACAUAAAGGGGAUGAGGUGAUUCAAGUCAGUGCUCAGAAGUCUGUGCAAGAUGAGUUAGUCCAGAGAUACGACCAGCUCUCCAAGAGAUUAGAGGAGCUGAAACUAGAGAAUGAUGAGGUGUGGAAGUCGCUAGAAGCUGCUGAUAAAACUCUCAUGGAAAUGAUCACAAGUCAGGAGUACGAUGUCACGCCAUAUUUCCAAGAUCCACAGAAAGUGCCUCCCAAGUCUCCCAGUGAAGUGGCCAAACUGAAGUCCAACAGAAGUGACAUUGAGGUUUAUUAUUUAGAGAAAUUUAAAGAAUAUGUGCUAGGCAGCAAUAAAGUGGCUCGUCUUCAGGCUCAACAUACUUCAAUACAGAAGGCACUGGGCGAGGGCGUCAAAAUAGGACAGACAACAAGACCUCCAUCGCUCCCGCCAAAGCCAAGGAAACGUCGCAUAGGGAAAGCUCCAACUGUAGGACAGCCUAAGUUAUUUGGGGGCAGCAUUGAGGAAUAUGCAGAGGUGACGGGCGUUGACGUCCCUCUCAUCAUCAGGAGUUGUGUUCGAAUCAUCAAUUUAUAUGGUAUGCAUAAUCAGGGGGUGUUCCGUGUGUCCGGAUCACAGUUAGAAAUCAAUGAGUUCAAGGCAGCCUUUGAAAAAGGAGAAGACCCGCUGAUAGAAAUGACAGACAAUAUCAGUAUCAACUCCGUGGCAGGUGUUCUGAAACUUUACUUCCGGGAAUUACGAGAACCCAUCUUCCCCACACAAAUGUUUGAUGCUCUUAUAGACUGUACAAGGAUAGACAACGUCAAAGAUUCCAUAACGCGACUCCGAGAACUGAUCACACAACUUCCACGUCCAGUUUUUGUGGUGCUAAGAUAUCUCUUUUCCUUCCUAAAUCAUUUAUCAGAGUUCAGUGAUGAGAACAUGAUGGAUCCUUAUAACCUGGCCAUAUGUUUUGGCCCCACCCUCCUCCCUGUCCCUGGGGACAAGGACCCUGUUACCUACCAGAGCUACGUCAACGACCUCAUUAAACUCAUCCUCAGCCACCAGGAGGAGAUCUUCCCCAACGAUGACGGUGGAACUGUCUAUGAGAGGAUGAUGAUGGAGGAAGGUUCUCAUAGGUGCUCACAGUAUUUAGGUGAUCGUGAGUUGGCAGAAUUAUCGGACGAAGAGGAUGAAGUGGAUGAUGAUGUUGUCAGUGAAGACGAUCACUUGUUAGUCCAAGCCUUUCUGAACAAACUCUGGACCAUCACAGAACCAGAGGUCACAGAGGCAGUGGCAUUGUAUGACUUUGAGGGGCGCACAGGAAGGGAACUGUCAUUUAAGAAAGGAGACCAGUUGUUGUUGUACAGCCAAGUGUCCAGUGACUGGUGGGACGGUUACUUCAAUGGAAAAGAAGGGCUCAUACCAGACAAAUAUAUCAAAAUUGCUCAAACUCCAAGGGACUUUGAAUUAACAAGACAAGUGUCUCAAAAUGAUAAACGACGGUCAACCGAGUCUCUUCCUGCAAAGACGUACAGUGCAAGCGGCCCCAAAGUGGACGAACCUCUGACCGUUGGGCCACUGGACAAGUCCGUCUCACAGCCAAACAUAUCAGUGGACAGGACAGAUAGGAGGCAGCACCAUCAUUCCCGCCAAGACAGCUCUGAUCAGAGUUUAGGGUCGAUCACGAGUAAGAGUACAGACAGCGUCUCUCUCAGUGAGCUGAGCCUGACUUCAGGAGACUCCAAGGAUAACAGUACAGACGACCUUGAAAGAGACUUGGAUCACGCACUGUCGGAGGUCAUGACCCAGGUGGAGUCGUUGGGCAAACAAGAGGAAGGUUUAGAAGGUGGUCGAAGAGAUAGUGGAGGCAGAGGGGAUGUGAUGCCCCUGGGUAAAAAUUCUGAGAGGACUCGGUCUGAAAGUGGAACGUCUUCAUCUUUUGGCCCCCAGGCCAACCGAAAGUUCACUAUUCCUCCCAAUCCUAAACACACUCCAGAUUUGGUGUUGGACUUGCCCCCUGAUGCAAAAGACACAGAGUCCCCCUCACCCCCACAAGACCAAAGUGACCCAGAUAGUCCCACCAGUGGUGCGGAGACCUUCGCCAAGUCCAACCAGUGUACGCUGAAGAAAGGCAUGAGUAACUCUAUGCCGCGCAGUCUCACCCACACCAGUACCUUCAGGGCAGGCAUGGACGUGGUGGGAGAACAAGGAGAUGUUCGGGAAGGAGGUGUGGUCAAACGAAGCGUCAGCACCAGUGCCACGAUAAGUGCACGCACAGGCAGAUCCCUCCCGCCUGCCUAUCGUGAAAGCCCUGAGCGCUCAGUGCCGUCGCCUACCCCUUCAAUGGAGAAAGCCUCCAGUCCCGGCCCUGCUGUGGCCCCUAAACCCUCCAUCAAGGCAAGACCUCCUGUCAUGAAGAAACCACCCAAACCAGGCUACUUGAAACUGAGAGGGGAAUCCCCAUCAUCUCCUGCUGAUGGGAGUUCCAGUUCUCCAACAGGGGGGCCCACUGCAUUGUAGCUGACAUUUUCUCUCCUCUUAUGGCCAAAAGAAGAUGGGAGACAGUGUAACCAGUCAUAAUUCCCAUGGCUGUGCCUUCUUCAUAGUGUUCUAGUGCCACAAUGUUUCCUGUUCAGAAUGUUUUAAAUCUGCCUUCUACCAGUUUUAGUAUAAUUAGUUUCAUAUACUUGGAAGGUUUUGAUAACUGAUGGUUGUGGCCUGGAUUGUAAAGUGCUGACACCUAUACUUGAAGGAUUGAAUUGUGCUGCCUUCUACAGUCAAAUAAACUUACCAAGGCUCUUCUAAUGGAUGAAUUCAUACCUGUAUCUUAUGAAAUGCAAAAGGAAUUUGUGUCAACAGUUAUGACACCAGAUAUAUUCCAUAGUUUGCCUGCUAUGAAAUUUACAAGAAGAGAUGUUUGAUUAUUAUUGGGAAAUCAAAAUAUGUAAAGAUGCUAUGUGCAAAGAGACAUUUGCUAGGAGUAUUACAAUUACUUAAUGAUGACAGUGAAAUCUUUGUACCUGCCAUAACAUAAACACAGGAAGGAUUGUCCCUCAAACAUCUCCAGAGAGCAGUGGUGCCAUCUAUAGUAUGCAGUUGCAUAAGGUGCUGCCAUCUUCAGUUCAAUAUAGGAUUAUAUUAGUGCUAUUUGCAGUGUAGUCUUCUGCCCAAUUUUGAUGCACCUUUAUCAGAACUUCUUAUGAUACACUGUACAUUUAAUAACAUAAAUCCAUACCAGGAGAGCUUGUCUUGAUAUGGAAUGCAUAGCGCCCUCUUCUGGUAGUUCAUGCCUGCAAUCUCUGGCAGAUAAAAUUAUACUCAAUAUGCUAUAUCUGCCUUCUUUCAAUUGCCAACUUUAAAAAUACUAUUUCUGUGAAAUAAUAACCAACAUUGGCUUUGGCCUUUUAAGUUAUAGGGAUUUUGCUUAUAUAAAUAUACAAAAUGAGGGGGAGUUUUACAGUGAUUUUGACUAGUGGUAUAUUCAGUGUUUACACAGAUUGUUAAGAUAGGAGUAUUUCAACAAAUGUUUUCUUGGAAUAUUAGUGACCUUUUUGACCUUGUUUGGAUGCAUAAUACAUAAUCUCUCUUCACCCGGGUCUUUGUUGACAUGAUCCAUUGAUAGUGUGUAUAUAUCAUACCAUAUACAAUUUUAUUGAGAAAACUUCAAAGAUUGUUUUUACCACUUUGUAAGGUAUUGUACAUAUCAGAAAAUCAAAACUGUAAAUUAUAAUACCAUCCUUCAGUAAUUGUAUGAAGGCAUUAAUGUGUCGUUUAUCCACGUGUAUUGAUGUAAAAAAAUUCAGCCUUGCACUUGAAGAUUGUCUAUAAGCGAGGACAAUAUCAAUUUGAAUUUUCCUCAGUCAAGGUUAACAAGUAAACUCCUCUGCUAAUGA